AUGUGGGAUGCAGCUGAAAACCUUUGUGCAUCCUCAGCACUUCCUAGUGUUUGGAAGAAAUUACAACUUCAGAAUAAUUCUUUUGCCUCAGUUUGCUCUUACCAACUUGUCAAAAGGAAAUGGAACACUUCCUUUUCAUUUAUUGCAAAACUUAGAGUAUCUCUUUCUCUGGCAGGAAUCGACUUUAAGAUCAGAACAAUAGAAUUAGAUGGAAAGAAAAUCAAGCUACAGAUAUGGGAUACAGCAGGCCAGGAGAGAUUCCGCACAAUCACAACAGCUUACUACAGAGGAGCUAUGGGAAUUAUGCUGGUGUAUGACAUCACAAAUGAGAAGUCUUUUGACAACAUAAAAAACUGGAUAAGAAACAUAGAGGAGCAUGCCUCUUCAGAUGUAGAAAGAAUGAUUCUGGGUAACAAAUGCGAUAUGAAUGAAAAAAGACAAGUCUCAAAAGAAAAGGGGGAGAAGUUAGCAAUUGAUUAUGGAAUCAAAUUUUUGGAGACAAGUGCAAAAUCCAGCAUAAAUGUGGAAGAGGCAUUUUUCACACUUGCACGGGACAUUAUGACAAAGCUCAACAGAAAAAUGAAUGACAACAGUUCAUCAGGGGCAGGUGGGCCAGUAAAAAUAACAGAAAAUCGAUCUAAGAAGAGCAGCUUCUUUCGAUGCACGCUACUUUGAUGAACUUCUAAUGAUAGACUGCAGCACACUUAGAACCUUUUCUGCUUCUUUGAAAGCACAGGGUCACAAAGCCUCAGAAAUAAUACCACCAAGCUGCUGCUGAGAGCUCCAUUGAACGUAGACUGCGAUACACAAAGUACCAAGUGGAUUUUGCUUACUAAGCCUAUUGACCUGUCAGGCUCUUCUUUCUCAGAUAUGGAAGCUAUGAAGUGGAGACACAAAUGCAAGAGUUAACUUGUUUUCCUUUUUUACUUUCUGUUUUAUUGCCUGUUGCAAAAGCUGCUAUGUUUCUUUUAACUUUGCACAUCCAUAUUGGCCUCUUACUGCCUGUUACAGCACAAUCUUACAUUUGUAUUUGCACAGUUUGACUUGUAAGAUUCUUAACAGAUUUGUGCAGGUUUUUCUUUCUCUUUUUAAACACAUUUAUUUUCAAGCAGAAGAGCCAGGGGAAAAAUUAAGUCUCAGUUCCAUUAUUUUCUAUGCUGUAUACUUGUGGCCAUGACUGCAGUAUGGAUGUUGACACUCUAGUGAUAAGAAUUACUGUAACAAUUGCCAUUUAACAAUUUGUAUGGAUUUUGUCUCUUAGAUGCACAAAUCUGUUAAUGCAGAAGCUAUGGCUUCUAUUCUGAAUGUAGUAUGUUGCUUUUCUUUCUUUACCAGACUUAGCAAAGUUGUGCUCCGAAUUGCCAGUCACUGUCUUGAUUCACAGAUGCACUUUUCAGUUAUUUGAAUAAACACAGUGUCUUUCCUCACUUAACUUCCAUUUGUUAGCUCAAACUGUCUGCACCUUUUUUUGUUUCUGAUGAGGAAGUACACUCUGGAGUUGAAAUCAUCGUCACAAAUAGGCCUCAUCACUAUCACUUUAAGUGGCUUGUGGAAGCUGAGUGCAUGGGUUUUGAGUAACCUCAUUGUGGAUUAUUCAUUUGUUCAGAAAUGACUGCUUCUAAAGGUGACUUCCAUUUCUACUGUAAUGCUAAGGAUAGUUCAGUUUGUUAGUGUCUGUAGGCUUUGACCCUUGACAAUGCAGGCAUCCAAAAACUGGCUUCCUGUGCAGUUGCUAAAGUUUAUCAAGUUCUGGCUCUAAGGAAAUGGUCACAUUAGGGCUAUAAUGUACUACUAGUUAUGCAGUUAAUGAUGAAUGUGUGAAGCCCUCUUUGGUCUGCUUGAGCAGUUAUUUUUUUUCAUCAAAAACUGGUACAGUGACCUAGACUGUUAGAAGCAGAGUUGAAAUGUAGUUGCCUUUUUUACUCAACUGAGCAUUGUAUAACCUAGUCUUUGUUCUACUACUUUUUUAUUGUCUUCUGAAAACUUUCCUCGAUGAGCAAUUAAAACAGGUGCUUUAGUUCUGUUGAUGUGCCAAACUUGGACCAUUGUAAGCUUUAACUACAAGUUUGUGCCCAGCAUGUUUGUUAUUAGGGGAUAGGUGCAUUCUGUCAUUGCCACAGUUAAUGUCUGACGUGCUUGUUUUUGCUUCACUACAUUGUCUGGGGCUGUAAACAGUGAGUUGGUUGUUACCACAGGUAACUGCUUCAUUUUGUGGUGUCAGGUACUGAAUUUGUCAUCUCUAGGUCUGUUGUAAAUGUUUUGAAAGUGAACGGGCCAAUAGCGUUAGAUGUAAAAACUUUUGAUUGUAAAAGGUUUAACAGUAGUAGCUGGUUCCAUAAAGUUUGAAGUGGUUAUCAACCUGUCCCCACAUGUAGUUCAAUAGAAAUAGUUACUGUAACUAGAUGGUGAAUCUCAUAAACCGAUGUUGCUGCACUAAAACAGAAAAAUCUUCAUGGCAACAAGGUUUAGUGAAAAAAAAAAGCAACCCUAACUGCUCUGUUGUCUACCCUUGAUUUUUUUCUCGGGCAGCCUAAAGCAGUUAUGUUUUCUGUAUGGGGAAAAAAAGUGCUUCUAUACAGAAAGUGUUGUGACACCAAUUAUGAAUGUUGUUUAUUUUCAGUAAUUUACCUCUGACUAUUUGGUGUCGUAAUACUUUGAUUUUUAUCUCAGGGGUUGUCUGCAAACCAAAACUGACAUGUUCUGUGUUUGGCACCGUUUACAGAAUGCUUUGUAUUGUUUUUCCUGUCUUCGCUGUGUGGUUAAAUGUUCAUUCGAUAUUAGUCUCCAUGAACUUCCCUUUGAAAGAGCCUGUAAGUAAGUAGUAGAGUCUAUGAAGUGCUUCUUGAAGCAGCAGCAAGUUGGGGUAUCUGCUCUGUAGGGGGGUGGGGGGAGGGGGAGAGAAAAAAAAACUUGCUAUUUUCUUACAUUUAGCUGUGCUAAACUGUACAUAAAUGUGAGGUAAGACCAUAGGAAAUUCACUUUAUGCAUGAUAAAAUAAUGCAGUAAAUAUUUCACCUUGCUUAAUGUUCAUGUAAAGUUCAUGUUUUUCUAUUUGUAGAAGAAUUUAAUGCAAUUUUGUUGUCCCCUGCUGAAACUGAAGAAUUCUAAUUUCAUGUGGUCUUAUGGAUAAGGUAAAAUGCAGAUUUCUCUCUCUUCCUUUGUUGUUUUGCCCCCACCCCUCUUCUCCAGCAGUAUUAAAUGGCUGAGUGGCUGCACUUUAUUGGUGUGCUAACUUUUGGUCAGUAUAGACCUCUUUCUGUGUACAGUCUGCCUUGUCAGACAUUGAAAAAUGUGCUGUAUCUUAGCGUGCAAAUUGGCUGUAUGUUUUACUGGGAAUUUUUUUAGCUAUAUUUUCCUUUAGACAAGCGGGUGAUGAUAAAUGGUAUGUUCUGCCUAUGCAUCAGAUGCUGGGUACUACAGGCUUUUCUAAUAUCACUAUGAUUGCUUUGUGCAGUCUCUGUUGCUACUUCGCUGAAGAUGAUAUAAUCUAAAUUUUGAAGGACUCUUAACUAUACCUCAACUAGUUAGUGUUCUAGUGUCCAUUAGAAUGAAAGUCAUGUAAUUAUUAUUCUUUAAGCAGCAAAUAUAUUUCUGUUUUGUUCCAGAAAUUGCCAUUAACCUUUCAGGAAAGGCAGACAUUUUUUGGUGCAUUUCGAUAAAACAAGAAUGCUGUUUAUGCUAUUGAGUUUUAGGAAAUCUUUUUCUCAGCCCCAUGUCUGUGCACUGUAUCUUGAUGAAUUUUUUUUCUAAAUGGUUUAAAAAAAAAAAAAGCUAAACAAAAAACAAACUGGUCUCAGUGCUUUGCAAUUUUAGCUUUUAGUUUGUGCUCAGCAAAACACGCACAAGAAUAUUUUGUUGAGUGUGUAUAGAAUAUUUGGUUUACUUACUGUCUGGAAGUUCUAUUAUUGCUAAAGCUUAAAACCACUCAUGAAACUUAACGCAGCUCACUUUUCUAUUUGGGGGACAGUCUCAAAAAUGCUAAUUGACUUUUCAGACCUGUAGUUCUUUUUACAGAAAGUAUUUCCCAUUGUAAGUACCGUUCCCAUACUAGUCUGCUGAAGUCAAGUGAAUUAAGUGGAUCAUUUUCACAAGUGAAUAACGGAGUCUUGAAUAUACAUAUCACAUUAAAAUAUUGUGAAUGGGUAAUGAUUUGAAAGUACAUGAGUAAUAAUGUAAAACACGUAAGUGUGGUGUUUGUGAAAAUGCAUCUGUUACUUUGUUAUCUAUUAAUGUAACUGAAAUUUUGCUAUGUUAAACUUCAUACGGAUUGGUCUGUAGGUGAUAAUAGGCCUCUCCUCCAUUCACUGCACUGCGUAUGCCAUUCUCAUUAAAUAAAACUUGUAUUUGUUUCUCCCACAAAAGCAGGAUUUCCAUUAAUUUUUCUUGUUUCUGGUGAAUCUAAGUGUUUUAGUGCAUUCCUAUGGCCUUACGAACAUUUUUGCAAAUAAAACUUCAAUUACAAUUAUUUUAAUGCUGUGUAGCUACUAAAUUCAGAAUAAAAAGUAUAGUCCUUGAGAAAAUGCUUAAUUUUGAAAUAGAAGUGUUCUACUGUGUGUGUUUAAGCACAUUUUAUCUCUGGUAUAAAGGUGUAAUGUGAAAAGCUCCUGCAGAUAAAAGUGAACUUGUCAUGUGGUUAACUUGUAAACCUAACCAUUACUUGUGUAUUGAUGUGUUUAGACAAAAAACCCAAACCCUACCCCUAAAAAAACCUUCACGCUCCAAUGAUUUUAUUAUUCCAUGUGAACUUUUUUACAACGUGUGUCUCAAAUAAAAGUUACAUAAUGAAAAGUAUCUGGAGUAUUUUGUAUGAAAUAUUCCACGGAGUUGUUACACAGUUGGCAUUUCCACUCUAUUUUAUACAUCUGUUGUGGAACUCCAGCUGAGUUGCAUCUGUAAAGCUUUGCUUAACUUCAGUGGCAAACCACAAGCGUUUUUGUAUGGCUUUGCUUGUUCCUAAACUUGACUGUUCUUUGAAAUAUCCUUUAUUCCUGUAGUGAUUGCUUAAAUCUAAGUAUAUUAUUUCAGUGACCUUCAGCUUCAUAAGGAACCAUUUUUCCAGACAUUUAGCAUUAUGAAACAUCCUACCAAAGUAACUUCUGAGCAAUGCCAGUAAAGAUAACGAGACACACUCUUCAAUUUGAUUAAGAAUUAUCUGCUCACUUAAGCGGUUAACAGAUUCUUUUUUCUUGUUGUUUUAAAUCAGCAUUACGUGAAAGGUAUGACUCUUAGGUAACCUGAGGCACAAAUAUAAUGAAUUAAUACAGCAAGUAUUGUUUGUCCAGCUUCCUUCAACACUGAAUAUUGAUAAAUUAUUGUGGUUUGACAGUUACUCACGGUUGAUAUGAAAAUUAGCAAACUUAAGGAAAGAAUGUUUUUUGUCUACCCAAACAAAAGUAGAUUAACGGUUAAGACACCCAAGUGGGCACCCUUAGGAAUAAAUGGGAAACAUGGAUGACAAGUAGCUUCUGAAGUUUGUGCUUUUGACAUGUUUUACAUAAACUGUAUUUAGCAGAAAGGAUGUAUUGUCUCUUUACCUUAAGCAACAGAAAGCUAGAGUUACAUUCUUGUUAUGCCUUGUUAUUUGUUGGUUUUGUUUUGUUUUGUGGUUUUUUUUCAGACUGCUUCUGGUAGACAAGUUUGCUGCUUUAGGGCCAGCUGUUAAAACAUUAUUUGCAGAUCCUCUUGAUCUGAACUGGUUCUGGAUGCUCAGCAGUCCUAAAAUCGCUUCUGCAAGUCCUUCAGUUCUCACAGAAGUUAGUGGCAUGCAUCUGCAUCCCAAUAACAUUGUAAAUAUGUUUGCAUUUUCCAUUUGUUAAAAGGAAAUAGCAGGCAUACUUACACUGCUUUAAAAUGGUGAUUUAUUACGGUUCUUGGAUCUAUUUUUGGUUGCAGGCUAACAAUUACUAUACAAAUAGUGCACACUUGUAGACCAGAGGCAAGUUGUUGGUACACGUGUAGAAUGUAUCCAGCUUUUAUCAUCUGGUAAAUUGCCUUUUUCCUAAAUGAUUCUUUUUCCAACUUGGUUGACUAGCGGCUCUUUAGAAUUCUUGAGCUAUACCAAAGUCAUCAAUAUAAUGCAAGAUUUCAAAAUAAUUUUUCUUUAGAAAGAUUCUAAUCUUCAAGAGAUACAUAAAUGAAGCUUUUAUGUUGCAUAAUGUUACUCUUGCCAUCUAGAGGUUUAAAGAAAGGGCAUGGAAUGGAAUGCGAAACAUAGUGAGGAGAAUUUUUACUGCUCUAGGAUGUUUUGUACUUGCUUCAAAAUUUUUUUUACCGACUUCAGCAGAGCAUGUCGGCACUAAAGUUUCUGUUGUGAACAAAUGUUACAUAAAUUCUCCUGAGCACAUAUUCAGUACAUAUUGUUCCUUCAGUUUGCGAAAUAAAGUUGUAACUUGUGAGCAGGAUACAAACAUUUUCCUCAUCUGAGGAAUUAAGGUUGAAUGAAUUGUGGAAAGUGUGUGUAACUUGAACCCUACUACUGAAUACAUUGUACUGACUUCAAAGUGAACAAGAAUUCUGCAAACAUUCACUAAGUGUUGAGAAUUUCACCCCAUUUCUUCUUAAAUUCCUUCCUUGAGUAGAUGAUCGAGAUGACUUACUGCAGCUGUGUCGUCUUCUGCUUAUGCCACCACUCCAAAGCAGUGUCUGUGGCACACAGCUACAGCUGGUAUCCCAAGGCCUUGUGUUAGGCAGUGGUCUCUUAAAUUGAUGGACUUGUUUCAAAAUGGUUUUUGAUUUCUCAGGGAAACGUUACCAUUGUGCUCACUAACCUUUCUGACUUGGUUUAACAACUUUGUGGAACAGCAGAAAGGGAUGAUGUUACUGUGAUGUUACUUACCUUGGGACAGAAAAUGGCAGGCUCCAGAGCUGCUGGGCUGGCACCUUUCUCAACUGCUUACGUUCACAGUUUGUGAUACUUGUGGCACUAUUUCAUCCACAUAUGUACUUUUGUUGGGCUACUGGCAAUGUGCUCAGCUCUAAAGAAAAGUGCAGUCUUAAUUAACUACAACUGAAGUACAAAUUAUGUCAAUAAUGCUUUUUUUUAAAAAAAAUAUUGAAUGUUUAAUUUAUUUUCAAGGCUGUUUGCAAAUCCUUAGUGUUACUUUACUUUUACUUUCUCUUCUUUUUUUUUUCCCCAGGCAACAUAGCAACUAACUAGCUCUGGUACGUAUUCUAGAUUAAGGACAGAAUUUUUCCAAGAAGCCUGAGCAAGUUCUGUCCAUGGCUAGCGCAGCCGAAUACCGCUUCUGAGUUUCCUCACCCCAAAUGCUAUGACUUUGUAAAACUCACGUUUAUGCUGUGAACCAAUAAAAUAGAGG